UCUCUCGAUAGGAGCCUGUGUUGACUGUUAAUUUGCAACGGUUGGCGGUGCUGUGUGCUGCACACGAUGCCGAAUCUUAAAACUGGUGCGAUACAAAUCGAGCGCUUUAUUUAUUUGGAAACCCCACCCAGUUUGAAUUGCACGAACGCACGAGUUGAUUUCAACUACAGAGCUGACGUGCGCGAUUGUUGUCAUUAAGCGAGAAACAAUUGACGAAUGACGAAAGAGGGCCAAAGAGUUGCCAGGCACAUAUUCCUACUACAUAGUUCGCAUGACUUGUGUUGUGAGUGCGCGGUAAAAGUAAAAACUCUCGCGAACGAAAAAAUUGCGAUUCGCAGCGAGCGAGUCACUUUGCAUGACUAAGUGCACAUGACUCUCGAGUGAAAAGACAAUCCUGUGUACUCGUACACAAUUUCGUUCGACGAUACUCCUAUGUUAUAAAACGAGACGUUAGUGCGAGUACCCAAUAAUACCCACACAUAGGCACACUCGUGUGCACCCAUACCAUUACCAAGGAUCGAGUGCAUGUGUGUGUGUGUGUGUUGUGUAUACAUACAGGCGAUACACAACGGACAAGUCGUAACUGUUCGUAACGUCAGUCUUCGUAUAUACAUGCCUAUUAUAUACAUAUAUAUUUGAGACUGCGAUAGACGUGCGCGAACGUGCGAAAAGUGCUCAACGGCGCACCCAAACGCGCGAAAGCGUUCCGUGCUGCUCUCCGUGUGUGUCUGCUUACUGCGCGCGUAUUCGCGCACAAACUGUACAUCACUCGAUAUAUAGCCAGAGCUCGCUAUUGUAAAACUGUUUUACUCAUGGUCGCGAGCCUUACGCUGCCAAUUUCGACAGAUCGCUCCUGCUAUAUUGACUGCCGAGUGCAGACGUAGGUUAGGUGUUUAUAAACAAAAAGUGCUGUGUUUCGUUUGAACGUCAAAAUGCCGCUGAGCAUCGGGGUGAAUCUGCGAGUCACUGGGCACUGCAACCAGGGCGGUCGCAAAUACAUGGAGGACAUGUUCUCUGUGGCCUACCAGCAGUCGUCCAACGAUCGCGAACUCGAAUAUGCCUUUUUUGGCAUUUUCGACGGCCACGGCGGUGGCGAGGCGGCCCUAUUCGCCAAAGAGAAUCUCAUGGACAUAAUCGUGAAGCAAAAAAACUUCUGGAGUGACAACGAUGAGGAUGUGCUUAAAGCCAUCCGCGAUGGAUAUGUCAACACGCAUUACGCUAUGUGGCGCGAACUCGAUAAAUGGCCUAGAACUGCGGCUGGAUUACCUUCUACAGCAGGUACAACAGCCAGUGUUGCAUUUAUUCGUAAGGGUAAAAUUUAUAUAGGCCACGUUGGAGACUCUGCAAUUAUUUUGGGUUACCAGCAAGAAGGAGACUCAUUCUGGAGAUCUAAAGCGCUAACCAAAGACCAUAAACCAGAAAGUUUUGAUGAAUUGACAAGAAUCAGGAAUUCUGGAGGAAAAGUUGUACCUAAGUCAGGAGUUCCCAGAGUAGUAUGGAACAGGCCAAAAAUUGGUCAUAAAGGUCCGGUACGAAGAUCAACUCCUAUGGAUGAAAUUCCUUUUUUGGCUGUUGCCAGAUCAUUAGGUGAUUUAUGGAGUUACAACUCAGAAUUAGACACUUUUGUAGUUUCACCAGAACCUGAUGUCAGAGUAUUAAAUAUUGAUGUAAAAACUCAUAGAUGUCUUAUUUUUGGAACUGAUGGUUUAUGGAAUGUGUUAUCAGCUCAAACUGCUGUAGAAACAGUACAGGCUGCUGAAAAACAUAAUGAAAAACACUUGAUUGCAUCACAGCAAACUGGUGUUGGUAGAGGAGUUGUACAAAUGUGGAUAAAUCCAUCCAAAAGUUUAGUUGAUAAAGCAUUAGAAAGAUGGUCUGAGACUCGAUUAAGGGCUGACAAUACUAGCGUUGUAACUUUAAUGCUUGAUCCACCUGGACCUACACACAAUGAACUUCUUUUGAGUCAAAAGCGUGAACAGUUAGCUUCCACACAAAACCCUGUGGAUCCAACGCCAGAUAUUCAAGAACAAACUGGUCAUUCUCAAGAAUCAUCAAAAUAUCAACAACAAAUGUCACCUAUAAAAUCAAAUACAAAUCCACAGAUUUGUCCACGUUCUCCUAUGGUUAAUCCACCUCCAAGUUAUGAAAUCCACAAACCACCUGAUUCUUCGAAUCAUUUGCCUCCUGAUAUGAGUAUUAGUACAAGUGAUGAAUCUCUAGAUAAUGUAUUCAAAGAGCAUAUACAAGUUGAUGAAGUAUCAUCGAGUGACCUAUCUAAUUACAUACCUUCUAAUUUAAAUGCUGGUGAAUCAACAAACGAAAAAGAGUUAACAACUGUCGAAAGUAGUAGCAAUGAUAGUGUUUUUGAAACAGACAAAGCUGAGAAUGGUCAAUCAGACUCGAUGUCCCAUGAACAUGAAAAAUAUUUGCAAGAAGUUCCAGAACCAGAAAAAUAUAUUGAAAAUACUACAGACUUGAAGACAAUUGAAAACUCAGAAGCUUCAAAUAAAUUGAAGCAAAAUGAAUUGGAUUGUUCACUUGGUGUUAAACGAGUUGUUCGUGUCAAACGAAAAAAUUCGGAUGCACAAGCCACACAUUCUUGGUUGAGGCUAGGAACAAAAAGAGGAAUAAAAGAAAGAAAAUUGCAGCAUGCUGAUGAUAAAGAUUUGAAAGUUAACACUGAAAACAAAUUUUUUAACACAAUAAAUAAGUCUCAUGAAGUUGAUAAAGUAGAACAGUGUUUAAAUAGACAGACAAGAUCAGAAGUUUUGCGUAGUCAUCAAGAUGAAAAUGAACCAGCUAAUCAAAAACACGAACUGCGGCAUACUAGCCGCAGAUGGUCAGCAAAUGAAGCCAUCAUUACAAAAACGAACGAUACUCUUAACACUUCUGAAAAUGUUCAAGAAAGACGAUUGUCUUCUCCGAAUUGUUUUAAACGAAGAAGUCUAGAGAAAAAAGUAUUACCUGUUAAAACUAUUAGACGACCGACAUCUAUCACACGAUCAACUGGUACACGAUUGCAACAAAUGCGAGAUAAUUUCUAUUCGAGAGAGCGCCAAUCGAUAUCAAUGACCGGUGAUUCUACAACACCUAAACGAUGGUUAAGGUCUGACACAAUUGCUGCAACGCCUACUAAAACGUUGAGAUCACGUAAUGUAGAUAUUACUGGAACACCCAUUUUAACUAACAAAAAUCUCAGAACAGUUGCGUCUCUUCACAAAUUAAAAUCCAGUGAAAUAUCCUCUGUGACAACAAUAUCGACUUCUGUUGUAUCACCACCUUCAGCAACUGUUUCCCGAAUGAGAUCAAGUUCAGCUGUUAACACACAAUCAAGCACGGCAAAACCUAUUAAAGCAAAACAAUCUUAUAAUGCAACGCACGGAGUGAGCAGCCCAUCAAUGAAUACGACUACGUCAAGCUCAAUGACUAAAAGCAAAAAAACACCGUACAAUCCCACUGCAGCAUCUUUUUCGACAAGGUCUCGUUUAAAACGUUUUUCAUCAAAUAAAUGAAGAAAGAUACUAAUUUUACACUCAUCUAAGUAAAUUACAUUUCUAUAGUCGUCUUUUGUAGGUCGUGCUAAAAAAAUAGUUUUUAUCAAGCAACUGAAUACUCCCCAAUAAUAUUUUUUGUAUUAAUGUGCUUUAAAAUUUUGAAGACGUUAAAUCGUCUUUUUAUUACAACAGACCACUCUUUUAAUUUUGAAUCUUUUAAAUUGUACGCAUCGGAAUAAGCAUAAUUUCGGAUCUUCUCUGAGAGUCUCUAUUCUAGAUAUAUCAUAAACUAAUAUGUAAAUUACGACAAAACUGUUAAAUCAUUUUUGUCUAGAAUGAAAACGUCUUCGAUAAAGUCAAUCUUUAAUAUGUACAGAUAGGAACUAGAUUGUUUAAUUAAUUAUUUUUUAUAUUGAUAACAACAAGUUCAAAAAUCUUCCAUUUACUAUCGA